ACCAUCUGCCACCUGCCUGCCACCCGCUACCAUGCGCUCUCUCGCCAGCCUAACUCUGGCCCUGCUGGCCCUGGAGGCCACCCUGGCCCUGGCCCCGGCCCCAGCCCUCACCUUGCCAGGGCAGGCUGUGUGCCCGGAGCUCAGCUCCUCGGAGGAGGAUGCCUGCACGGUCUCCUGCAACUCGGACGAGAGCUGCCCCCAAGGCACCAAAUGCUGCGCCAGGAGCCCCUGCAGCCGCUCCUGCGUGGUCCCCUUCAUCGCUCCCGCGCAGAAGGCGGGCCGCUGCCCGCGCAUCCAGGCCUCACUGAUCUCCGCGCCCUGCUUGGAGAGCAACGAGUGUUCCAGAGACGACCAGUGCGCCGACAACAGGAAGUGUUGCCUCAGCGCCUGUGCCAUGCGGUGUCUGGAGCCCGAGGCAGAGGAACCCCUUCAGUGAGGGGCUUCCCCAGGAGCCCCUGGCUGCCAGGAGUGACCGGCCCAAGACUGCUUGGCAAGAAAUCUUCUCUCUCGGAUCCAGAGAGCACAAGAUGCUACCUACAUGCUGCUAAUAAAAACCCAC